AUGUCUUCUUUUACCGACAGCGCUGCCGCACACCUACACCUAGACGGGAUCGAAAGCCUCAGUCGAAGCCAUACUCCGCGACAUUUCUCCAGACAGGCUGCACCUCAGCCUCCUGCAUCACCAGUCGACCUCCUUCGAAGCCACGUUCAUCCCUUCCCCUCCCUGUCCGAAGCCCUGGCAGACACCAACAAGGACAUCUUCCGAUACUUUGACUCGUUUGGUUCCGCCAAAGUCCUGCUGAUCGGCGACUCGUCUCACGGCACCUCGGAGUUCUACGCCUUUCGCGCCGCGCUAACGCGAUACAUGAUCGAACACCAUGGCUACAACAUAGUCGCCUGCGAAGCUGACUGGCCCGACGCCGAGUCCAUCGAUCGAUACGUCCGUCGGCGUCCAGGGCCAGGACCACCAGCGACCAUCGAGUCUGAAGCCGAAGCGAAGCGGGCCGGGAGAGAACUCACCUUCAUGCGGUUCCCACGGUGGAUGUGGAGGAACAAGGAGACACAUGAUUUCGUUGAGUGGAUGAGACGUUGGAACGAAGGGAAGGAUGUAAAGAAGGAGGCUACUGGGUUUUACGGGCUGGAUCUGUACAGCAUGGGUUCAUCGAUGCGCGCGGUCAUUGAUUAUUUGGAACAGGUCGAUAAAGAUAUGGCAGAGGUUGCGAGAAAGAGCUAUCGGAAAUUGCAUGAAUGGUCUGAAGAUCCCCACGAAUACGGAUUGGAGACGCUGGUGUCCGCGGGCAAGGGGUUCAAAGGAUACGAGGAUGACGUGGUACAGAUGCUGAAGAAAUUGCUGAGUAAAAGGCUCGAGUACGAACGGAUAAUGUGGGAUGGAGAGGAGUUCCACGGAGGAGAGCAGAAUGCGAGAUUGGUAAAAGACGCGGAACACUACUACAAAGCCAUGUACUACGCGCGCGACGAGUCCUGGAAUCUUCGUGACACCCACAUGUUCGAGACUCUCCAGCGCAUCCUCGACCAUCGUGGCUCCCACUCAAAGGCAAUUGUGUGGGCGCACAACAGUCACAUUGGAGAUGCCCGCGCCACCAGCAUGGGCUGGUCUGAGGAUGAAAUCAACAUUGGGCAGUUGUGCAAAGAGGCUUAUGGUAAGAAGGCUUUCAGCAUCGGCUGCUUGGGAUACACGGGUAGGGUUGCCGCCGCCAAACGUUGGGACGGGGACAUGAGUGUUAUGCAUGUCAAGCCAGCCUUGCCCAACAGCUACGAAAAGCUGAUGCACGAUACUGGCAUCAAGAACUUUGUGUUGGAUAUGAGGACAAAGCACUGCGAUAAUGCUUUGAGAGAGUCUUUGAUGGAGAAGAAACUGGAGAGAUUCAUCGGAGUCAUUUAUUCGCCCGCGACGGAGAGACAGUCACAUUACUCGUUUGCCGUGCUGCCUGAGCAGUUUGAUGGCAUUGUUUACUUUGAUGAGACUGAAGAGGUUGGUGCUUUGGAGGUUCAUCAGCCUCAUGGGCCACUCGAGUUUGAUGAGACAUGGCCUUUCGGGUUGUGA